GGCUUUCGCUCUUUCUUUCUUUUUAAAGAUGAGGCUGAAAGUGGCUUUCAGUCAAGCCGCAUCUAAAAUAGGCCCAACAGGCUCAAAUCUGCGUGUGCCAAAUGCUUAAAACCCAUCUUUCGACAAAAUUUCAAAGCCCAGCACAUAUACCCCGCUCAAAGGCCUCGGAGUUCGGUCUCCUCUCUUCCGUUGUGUCAACGGCUCAACGCUUAAAAAGUAAAAACCCUCCGGCGGCGGUGGGGUUCCUGUUCCUCCGGUGGAAGCUCCCGGCGCUCAAAUCCGGCGAAAGAAAAGAGGGGAAAGAGGCAGGAGCCGGCUCAAAUGGACAGCGGAAGCGAUUCCGACGGCGCUCCCGAGGAGCUCACCGCCGUCCAGGGUGUUGAGAAGCACGAAGAGAUCAGUCAAGUUGAGAAGGAUAGUGCCAUCAGAGUAACACGGGAAGGAAAGGAGCGGAGGAAACGCUGGGCCCAACGAAGAACAUCCUCUAAACCAGAUAAGAAGGCACCAAAGGAAGUAGUAGAAGAUGAAGGUACCAAACAAAGCGAGGAGACAGAUACUAUGCCUGGAAUGCUCCCCACUAGUGUAAUUGAAAUUCUAGCAGCUCGUGAGAAGCAAACCUUCGCAUCAGAUUCUGAGGAAGAAAAUGUAAAGCAGAAGGUCCAGAAAAGGAAGAAGAGGAUGAAAACUGCUGGGCCUGAAACUAUUCUGCUGAAAGAUGUCCGGUCAACACAGCACGUGAAGAACGCCCUUGAUUUCUUGGAGCAAAGGAAAAAACAGGUUCCGAGAUCAAAUGCAGUUUUGAAGAAUGCCAGUAAGGCUUUGCGUCUCCUAUCUUCGAAAGGUAAUUUUCUAAGUUAACCGUGUGGUAGGAUAGCACAUUUUUCAGAGUAUGUGUUUAGACCAUCAUCUCAACAGCAGAUAUGGUCGAGAUACUUUGGACCGAUGUAUUUGAAUGGAAUCGAUCUGGCACGUGAGAUGUGAUGCAGUAUAUCCUUUGGUGUGGAAGUGUGAUGAUUAGCACACGUGUGAGUUUUAGUUAUCUAUUUUUGUGGAUUUGCGCUGCAAAUUUCUGAAGAAAACUCUGAAAGAUCUCCAAAUUUUGAUAGCCAUGUGGCACUUCUUGUAUCAGACUAUCAGAGGGUUGUCGUGUUGACUUGUUGUAUACUCUUUCUAUUACCAUUCGUCUGGAGAUGUUUUACCUGU